AUAGCUUUCUACUUUUCGCGUCGCCAUCUUGCGCCGCUCCUUUUUCUUUGCUUCCAUUUUGUUUUGAAAGGACUGGUAUUGACGUGAAUUUUAUGGUAUAAACCGUAAAUGGUGGUAUUUUGCAGUGCUGUGUGGUUUUUAAAAGCGAAGGAGUGCCGUGUCAUCCAUUGUGUUGUCCGUUAAUUGGUGCGUGUGGUGCGUAUGAUCGGCUCCGGAAGAGACAAAAUAACAGUAAGAAUACAAAAUAUGAAAAGAAGCAGUGACAGAGACACUCCUCCACGCAGUAAGAGAUCCCGUUCGAGCAUGGGACGUUAUGACGACAGUUCCGACGAACGCAUAACCCCGGAACGCGUGAGACGCCGCGGGAGCCGAGCCCGAAGCCCGAGCCCCCGACCGCGCUACGUCUCGCCGCACAGAGACGAGUACUUGCGGCCCCCAGAGCGGGCCUACCCCUAUAAAGUUCUGUGUGUCAGUGCUUUACAUCCUAAAGCUAGCGACGAAGUGAUCAAAGACACUCUGUACAGAGAGUAUAAGAAAUACGGGGAUCUGAGCAUAAGGUUGUCCCAUGACUUGGACGAACGUGUCGCAUAUGUUUGCUUCCGAAACCCCGAAGACGCACGAGACGCCAAGCAUGGCAAACCUCGUAUUAUUAUAUACGAUAAGGUGGCUCUUGUGGAGGCUGUGUACGAAGUGCCCCGCUCCAGUGAUAUAUACCGCAGUCGUCCUCGGUCGAUCACGCCUGAAUAUGAUAGACAUUAUUAUGCGAGAUCUCCAGAGAGACUUCGAGCUGUGGAUCGGUACGAUCGGGCUUAUGGACCCCCUCCAGGUGUACCAGUACACCGCGAAUACAGACGUGAAGCUCUGCCAGCGCCACAUCAUGAGUAUUUAGCACGUCCGCCGAUACAUCAUGGCCCUCCACAUAUCCCUCCAACUCACGGGUAUGGACCCCCAAGACAUUCAGUUCCAAGACCACCAUUUGAAAAAACAGAAAACAAGAAAGACAAGUUUCCCAAUUACUUACAUCAUAUCCAACCAGAGGAUGACCCCCUAGCUACAAGGACUUUGUUUGCUGGUAAUCUAGAAAUUAAUAUUACAGAGGAAGAACUACGACGAAUUUUUGGACGCUAUGGAGUUGUGGAGGAUAUUGAUAUUAAACGCCCACCUCCGGGAACCGGAAAUGCAUUUGCGUUUGUGCGUUUUCACACACUUGACAUGGCCCAUCGUGCCAAAGUCGAAUUGUCUGGCCAGUACAUUGGAAAGUUCCAAUGUAAAAUUGGAUAUGGUAAAGCCACACCUACUACUCGUAUUUGGGUAGGGGGUUUAGGUCCAUGGACUUCCGUGCCACAACUAGAACGAGAAUUUGACAGAUUUGGGGCUAUUAAAAAAAUUGACUAUGUAAAAGGAGACAACCAAGCCUACAUUUUAUAUGACAGUAUAGACGCAGCUCAAGCUGCUGUAAAAGAAAUGAGGGGUGCACCCCUGGGAGGUCCAGACCGUCGUCUAAGAACAGAUUUUGCGGACGUUACCCCAGGUGUCACGUACCGCCCUAAACCUCCAUACCCGGGACAUGAAGAUGCUAUUGAUUACAGACGAAUUGAUUACGAGUAUGAUUACGAUGAUUAUGCACGUAGUUACAGAGGACGAGUGGCGUACCCAGAACGUAGAGCUGGAAGUAGAGGACCAUACCGAUACCCCGAGGGAGCGGAAGAUGAAUGGGGAAGGUCAAGAGGUCCAGAAUACGAACGUCGACGAUCGGGUUCUCGGGGAGCCGAUCGGUCAAGGUCCCGUUCACCAAGACGUUCUCCUGAUUCAGAUUCCGACAACGGUUCUCGCAGAGCAGGAUUGCUCGCAUCGAGUCGUACUCUUCCAGAAGUAGCCAGAAAAUGUACGACAGUGUGGCAGGGAGCCCUAAUUUUGAAAAAUUCACUAUUCCCGGCCAAGUUCCAUUUGAUCGAUGGCGAUACAGACAUUGUAGACGGCUUAAUGAAAGAUGAAGAUGGUAAACAUCAGCUUAGGAUUACACAAAGACUUCGGUUGGAUCAACCAAAACUCGAAGACGUUCAAAGGAGAAUUUCGGGAGCCAGCUCUCACGCUAUAUUUUUGGGUCUUGCAGGAUCCACGGCGUCUGUUACAAAUGAUGAUACUACAGUUCAGACCAGACCUUUAAGGAAUUUAGUUUCAUAUUUAAAGCAAAAGGAAGCAGCUGGAGUUAUUUCUUUGCUUAACAAGGAGACUGAAGCUACUGGUGUCCUCUAUUCAUUUCCUCCUUGUCCAUUUUCCACUGAACUCCUUAAGCGCACAUGUCCUAAUCUUUCAGAAGAAGCCAUCAAAGAAGACCACUUGAUCAUUGUUGUGGUACGUGGUGGCACUGCUUAAUCCCCUCGCCCCCUCCUUUUCACACUAAUCAUUUUUUUCUUUAAUGGUAUAGUCAUUAUAGCGGUUCAGUUUUAAUUUUUAAUUAUUUUGCAAUAAUUUAACAGUAGUGACUAUACUAGAAACGGUUAAAUAUUCAUCUUUUUCUCAUUUCAUAUUUUAUGAAGUACAAUCAAAUUCAUACUCUUUCUCCAGGUACACAAAGUAGCGUAACGUUGUUUUAACAAUAAUCAAUUUGUUAUACUUUUCAGGAAAUUGGUGAUCAACGAUGUUAACUAGUUGCGUUGAUAUGUGUUGCUUUGACUGUAUCAUUUAAGUGCUUACUGAUUUGUUUGUGAAGAAUGCGCUAAAACAAUUUGUAACAACUAUGAUUUGGUGACAAAGUGAAAAAAUUUAGUUUAAGUGUUUGCAGUUCUUUCUCAUAAAUGCAUGCCUUUAUCCUAGUGCUAAAAUUCUGUUAGGAUUUAUCUGUUAUGUGAAAGGACUGUAGUUAUGACAUUAACGAAGGAAAAUUAACUACAGUGUUGUAGUGUUCUGUGCAAGUAGUAACUGUUUAUAAAAAUUGUUUAAUAAUAAAAAGUUGAUAAUUGUGAUGUAGUGUAAGAAACUCUUUCAGUGAUUUGUCAACUAAAACUAUGGUCUUCUAUACUGUUUUCUUCAGGUACAUGCAGUUGUCAGUUCCAAAUGUUUAACAGUGGUGUGAAAAUAGAUAAGUUCUUUCAGA